AUGCAGCCAGUUCUUCAGUUGUGCCUCCUGCUGCUGCUCCUGCUGGGCGCUGGCCCGGCUCUUGGCGAGCUCGGCUGCAGCUCGGAUGGCUUUUGCUUUUGCACUGGCCAUCAGGAGGGUGACCUGGUGCCGGAUUGCACUGAUUGCAGAGCCUUCUACAGGUGCGGCGUCGAUAACAUCAAGCACGAGCUCUGCCCACCCGCGCUCAUCUUCGAUGUCCAGCAGCUCGCCUGUGUGCCCGGCAAGUGUCCACGCUCGGACGGCGAGUGCGCCGCUCCGAAUGUGACUACUACACGUACGCCUGCACCUACUACUGCGCCUCCUCAUCCCUCACCACCUGCCACCAGCUGCCUGCAGCAGGAGGUGGAGUGCAGCUUCCAUGGCCAAAUUCUGCCGCACGCCGAGCAUUGUCGCUUCUUCUGGACCUGCGUGGAGGACUGCCCAGUGCUGGGAUUCUGUGAGCUGGGCAAAUGGUUCGACCGCCAGAACUUCGUCUGUGACUUUCCGCAGAAUGUCCAAAACUGUCCCGUGGGCAGGGACUGAGAC